CGCUCUCUCUCUCCCGGUACUGGCGUCGGGCGGAGCGGUACUUCAGCGUCGGGCUCCCCGCCUGCCCUGCCGCCCCGCGGGCCGCGGAAGGAGCUGCUGUCGGAGCGAGCGCCGGGGCCUCUGGGCUCGGGCGGGUCCCUGCUGCCGCGAAGUGAUGCCUCCAAGAAGAAAUGAGAAAUACAGACUUCCUGUUCCACUUCCAGAAGGCACCAUUCUGGAUGAUAUGGAAGGAAAACAAUGGGUGCUGGGCAAGAUGAUUGGCUCUGGAGGAUUUGGAUUGAUAUAUUUAGCUUUCCCCACAAAUAAACCAGAUAAAGAUGCAAGACAUGUAAUAAAAGUGGAAUAUCAGGAAAAUGGCCCAUUAUUUUCAGAACUUAAAUUUUAUCAAAGAGCUGCAAAAAAAGACUAUAUCAAAAACUGGAUAGAACUCAAACAACUUGAUUAUUUAGGAAUUCCUAUGUUUUAUGGAUCCGGUAUUACUGAAUUCAAGGGAAGAAGUUACAGAUUUAUGGUAAUGGAAAGACUAGGAAUAGAUUUACAGAAGAUCUCAGACCAGAAUGGUACUUUUAAAAAGUCAACUGUCCUGCAGCUAGGUAUCCGAAUGUUGGAUGUUCUGGAAUAUAUACAUGAAAAUGAAUAUGUUCAUGGUGAUAUAAAAGCAGCAAAUCUACUAUUAGGUUAUAGAAAUCCAGAUCGGGUUUAUCUUGCAGAUUAUGGACUUUGCUACAGAUAUUGUCCCAAUGGGAACCACAAACAGUAUCAAGAAAAUCCUAGAAAAGGCCAUAAUGGGACAAUAGAGUUUACCAGCGUGGAUGCCCACAAGGGAGUAGCCCUGUCCAGACGAAGUGACCUCGAAACCCUCGGCUACUGCCUGCUGCGGUGGUUAUGUGGGAGACUGCCCUGGGAGCGGAGCCUGCGGGACCCUGUGGCUGUUCAGACUGCUAAAACAAAUCUGUUGGAUGAGCUUCCUGAGUCAGUGCUUAAAUGGGCUCCUUCCGGAAGCAGUUGCUGUGAAAUAGCCCAGUAUUUGGUAUGUGCUCAUAAUUUAGCAUAUGAUGAAAAGCCAAACUAUCAAAUGCUCAAGAAAAUUCUGAACCCAGGUGGAACACCUUUAGGACCAUUGGAAUUUUCCACUAAAGGAGAGAGUGUGAAUGUGGAUACUCCAAACAAUCAAAAAGUUGUUUCUCAAAAGGCUGCAACAAAGCAAGUCAAUCAGAUGCAAAAUAGGUUAAUAGAAAAAAACAUCCGUGGUGAGAGAAGUGCUGAGUCCUGUUCAACCGGGAGAAAAGUGCAAACAGAGGAGCUGCUGACUAGAUUGCUUAACAGUGAAACAGCUCAGGAAAGCACAAAGAGAAGACAAAAGUACUGUGAGUCUCAAAUUCUGAAUGAAAGAAACAGUUCUCCACAAAAACCGAGCUCUAUACAGUUCCCAAAUUCACUUUACAAACCAUAUCAAGAUUUUAUCAGUCCGUAUAUACUCGACAAUUCAAGAUCUUCAUCUUGGUAUACAUAUACUUCUCCAACCGGAAUGGAGGUCAGAGACUCUACUCUCAGUGAAGAGACAGUUACUGACGUGUAUUAUUAUGGCUUUAUCGUUCUUUUUCUUUUGAUUUUAGUAGGUCUUACUUUAUACUUUCUCUGAAGAUAUCAAAUAAAAUCCUUUUGAUAAUUCUUAA